GAUCUUGGCCAGACAGAAGACUGCCAACCUCUUUGUCGAUGAGGAGGACCUGAAGGCCAAGGUCCGGGCGGCUAUUGGUGAGCCUGAGUAUGAUGUUGCAGAGUUCUACAAGACGAGUGGCUGGUGUCAGAAACUGGCUCGAAGCAAGUAUUUCGAGAAUAUGACCCUCAGCCUCAUCAUGGUCAAUGCAGUUUGGCUGGCAAUCGACACAGACUUCAACGUACCAGACGUCCCAACCGCGACUGUUUUUGUGGUGAUGGAGCAUUUCUUUUGUGCCUUCUUUUUCUGCGAGUGGUUGCUCCGAUUCGCCGCGUUUCGAAGAACCCGUGAUUGCAUCAAAGACUUUUGGCUGGUGUUUGACGGCUUCUUGAUGGCAGCCACGGUCACUGAGACAUGGCUGAUGCAGUUCAUCUUGUGGGCAGCAGACCUUCACCAGGGAAGGCCAGAGAGCAGCAGCAUGAUCCGAAUCGUUCGACUGAUGCGGAUCGUUCGGAUAGCACGAAUUGCCAGGGUGCUCCACAUGGUGCCAGAGCUUCUAAUCCUUGUCAAGGCCAUGGUUGUGGCAAUGCGAGCCGUCUUCUUUUCAGUGACGCUUUUGGUCUUGGUGCUCUACGUUUUUGGCAUCGUCUUCACCCAACUGGCGCAGGGCGCUCCAAGAGCAGAGGCGUACUUCGCCACAGUGCCAGACUCGAUGACUACUCUGCUCUUGAAUGGGAUCUUCCUCGACAGCGUUGGGGAGGUCGUGCGUGAUGUCGGGCGCGACAACCUGCUUUUCAGCGCUCUCUACAUGGCAUUUAUAUUGGUGGCCACGCUCACCGUCAUGAACAUGCUGGUUGGUAUCCUUGUGGAAGUCAUCAGCGUCAUAGCAUCUGUGGAGAAGGAGCAGCUCAUGGUGACCACAGUCCAAGAGAAGCUGGAAGAGGUGAUGGACUUGGUGGGCCUGUCUCGAGACAAUCACCUGACGCGGUGGGAGUUCAUCAAGCUCAUCCAGCAGCCUGAAGCCGCCCGCAUUCUGCAGGAUGUCGGCGUUGAUGCCGUGGGUCUGUUUGACUUCGUUGGCGUGAUCUUCCCCAGCUCUCGUGCAACCAUCACAUUCCCAGCCUUGAUACAGGUCGUAUUGUCCCUCAGAGGUAACAACUUGGCAACAGUCAAGGAUCUUGUCGACUUGCGCAAAUGCCUCUUGGCUGAGUUGGGCCGUGUUCCGGCCCUGGAGAACUUGCCCACUGCGCGCUUACGCUGA